CUUUCUCGCUUUUAUAACCGAAAUUUUCGUCAUUGCUUCAUUCCCGCCCGCAAGAACAAUUCCCAGAAAUCAGCCAAGCCAAUCAGUAAAAAAUAGGCCUGUUUCGAUUUACAGCCAUGGAUCCAGAAGUUGAAGAAGAAGAAGAAUUGGAGGAGUUCGUCAGAGAAACUUUCUUGUAUGAAGAAAUUGAUUUGGAUUACGAGUUUGAUGCGGCUCGAUUCUUUGAUUUCAAUCUAACUGAGACAGAGUGGGAGGCGCGAGAAGCGGAACGCUGGUUCGAAUCGGCCAGAGGUUAUCCACCUUCUCCUUUCAUUAUACGAUUACAUUGGCAUAAAGGUGUGCCUGUGGGGGUUUUAAGCACGUCUUCUAAAUCCAAAGUCGCCAGCUCAAAUAACAGAGUGGAUACUAAUAACAAAUCAACUAUAUCAAGGAGCUCAACUCUAAUGAAGCCCACAGCAAGCCAUUUAGCAAAACAACGCCAGCUUGUUCAUUCCAUUCGAUCAAUGAGGCAUCAGAAGAAUUUAGGCCUUAUUGAUGACAAAAGUUCACAGAACUCCUCAGUUACAGAGGAAAAAGCUACUAAAAGACAAAAAUUGGAAGGUGGAUUCUUAAGCAAGGCUACCCAACUAAAGCAUAAAGCUCUUUUGUUACACAAGAGGCCAAAAAACUCAUCACAGCAUGAUGCUAGGCUUGCUAGCUCGGUAAAUGCCAAACCUAGAGCUACUAUUCCUAGAGAACCUGAUCUUGAGACAGCGCAUAGAGCAGAAAGACGUAGGAAUAAGAUGAAUGCAGAAUCAUGCGAAUCAACGAAAUUAAAUGCCCAUACCUUCAAAGCUCGUCCUGUGAACAGAAAAAUUCUCGAGGCUCCAUGGGCCCUUCAUAGGAGGAGCGAACCGCAUCUGCCAGAGUUUCAAGAAUUUCGCCUGAAGACAUCGAAGAGGGCUAUUCAAAAUACGUUCAGUAAUCACACAAAUAUCGGUCAUAACAGUUCAAACACAGAGGAGAAAAGAUCGAACUGUGUCGACUGCUUGAGGCAAGAGAAAAGCGAAAUAGUCUAUGACUCCCAAGAUUGCUCUCCCACUAAAAAGAAACUUGCAAGCGAUGGAAAAUUUUGGAUCUUUCGGAAUAUUAAACAGGAAUCUUCUUUCCCCUUUAAUUUUAGAGAUUCAAUUUUUCAUCUGAUGAGAGAUCUCAAGAUGAGCCGCCAAUUCAUUUGUUUAGUAAGCUCUGCCUUACAUCUGAAGACCAACAAAAGACGAGGCCAAGCUCAGGAAGUCCUCUACCUUCAACGGGCACAAUAGAAAAAACACCACUCUUUCUCUAAAGAAAACGAGGUAUAUGAACAAAUUACUGCUAUAG